AUGCAAAGAAUAAAGCAACGGUUGUUGUUAAGAGUGGACAGGAAGAAGAGGGUAACAAUGGCAGCUUUUGUGUUAACUGUGUCACAACACGGAACCGGACAAUACCGGACGGUGCAGGAAGCCAUAGACGCCGUGCCCCUCGGCAACACUCGCCGGACCGUCAUUCGGGUGUCGCCGGGAACCUACCGGCAGCCCCUUUACGUGGCAAAGACUAAGAACUUCAUCACCCUCGUUGGCCUAUGCCCUGAGGACACUGUGCUCACUUGGAACAACACUGCCACCUCAAUUCAACACCACAAGGAUGCUAACAUGAUAGGGAGUGGAACCUUUGGAUGUGGCAGCACCAUUGUGGAAGGGAGUGACUUUAUUGCUGAGAAUAUUACCUUUGAGAAUUCUUCCCCUCAGGGUGCAGGGCAGGCAGUGACACUCAGAGUAACAGCAGAUCGUUGUGCUUUCUAUAAUUGCAGUACUGCACUCUUGGAACAUUGUCACAUCCAUUGCAAGUCCGCAGGGUUUAUAACUGCACAGAGCAAAAACUCUCCACAGGAAAAAACUGGUUAUGUAUUCCUGAGAUGUGUUGUCACAGGUGUUACGACUGGGUUUCGUCCAUCCCAAAGAGUGAAAUGGGCAGAAGAAUUGAAGAAUGAAGGAGCUGAGCAGUUUCGAGUCACACCUUCAUUGAUCCAGAAUCAGACAGAUCUUGACUUCCUCAAAGAAUGA